AUGUUGCUUCUGCGAUCCCUGCCCACAAGGCAUAAUCCUUGCUUAGCUUUAGCCACAUGGCGAAACACUCUUAUAAUUUCACAACGGCCACACACACCUCUUGGCUUAUUUGCAAAAGACUUGACCGAGCCAAACUCCUCCUCUCUCACCUGUUUGUGCGUUAAAGUGACGUGUCCUAGCCCCGGUAAGCAGUCUGCAGGAGGUAGAGGAAUUCAAAGCACUUGCUCUCCUGGAUGUGAGCACCUGGCUCACUGACCACGCCGGCUUGGAGUUAAGGAUGCUGCUGCCGUCAUCUGCCCCAUUGCUGGCCCUUUGGUUGGUGCCAGGAACAUCUUCCACAAGUAAAUAAACGCAAAAGAUCUAGGAGCCGGUUUCCUGGCGUCGCGCCGACGAUGAAGGCCAAAAGCAAAGGUGCGAAACGUCGGCACGCGAUCCCCGAAGACGCCUUGCGUCAAGAGCCAGCCCCUGGCGGGGAGGAACUCGGGAAAUGCUUGCGGCGCAAAGAGAAGAGGAACAAUGAGGGCCAGAAGAGCCCUUCCAGGCCCGCGAAACUGCCUUGGGGAGGGAGCAAAGACAGGCGCUUGCGGAGGCUGGAGAGCAAUGAGCGGGAGAGGCAGCGCAUGCACAAGCUCAACGCCGCCUUCCAGGCCUUGCGGGAGGUCAUUCCCCAUGUGAGGGCGGAGAACAAGCUCUCCAAAAUCGAGACCCUCACCUUGGCCAAGAACUAUAUUAAGUCUCUCACCUCAACCAUUCUCCGGAUGUCCAACGGGCACAUCCCUGCUGCCGAGGCCCCCAGUGCGGGGAGCAGGUCCAAACUGUACGAACACUACCAGCAGCACUGCGGGGAAGACGACGAUCCCGCGGGGCAGCUGCAGAAGUAUUCCACCCAGAUCCACAGUUUCAGGCAAGGCAGCUAGAGGGUAGACAAGGGUCUUCGCUGGUUGUGUUUCCUGUUCCCGGGGUAAGCCCCAAAAGGGUCAACCAACAGCGUGGCGAAAGGAUUUAGGGAAGGCUGUGUUUGAGCCCCUUUGUUUGUUUGAAAAGACCUGUGAAUUCACACCGAACAAUUCUGAGGCUGGAUUCUGCAAUGGACAAGUGGGUUCUGCGACCAAACACAUUGCAAGACAAAAGCUCUCCUGUUCUCCUCCAGAAGGCCACGACACUCGCCGCCACCUCCAUUCACAGAUUUCCUUUGUUUUCUUUUCUAACUAAAAUUCUGCGGCUUUUGAACAUACUCAGCCCUCAUUGGAGUAUAAUUUUUGGGGUGGUAGGAGGUGGUCCCAUUCAGAGGUUUUGGGCUGGAUUUUAUUUUAUUUUUUGCAUACACAAACAUUUGGUGGCAUCGCUUUUACCUCUGUGGUUCUGUUUUGGCAGUAUUUUCACCUGCAGCCACUAACUGAGUUUGCCCUUAGAGGGAGUGUUUUCUAAAUGCCUUAGGCACAUCCAGAACUUUGAGCCUAUCCAUCUGUCCUGGAAACAGUAGCAAAGACCCAAAUCCGGUGUAAAUACAAGAGAAGCGGCUGUAUCAGGUUAGGAACUGUUUGUGCAGUGGACAUUUGAGGUUGCAGUUCACAGUAGCAUAGAAUUGUAGGGUUUGAAGGGACUCCAGCGUUCAUCUAGUCCAACCCUCUACAGUGCGAGAAUCACAGCUUAAGAAAUCCCAGACAGAUGGCUGUAUAAAAACUUCCAGUGAAGGCAAAGCUACCACCUUCCAGUUGUUUUAUCGUGCUAGGAAUAAGUGCACGGAAGCUGCAUUAGAGUGCGUAUUUUUAAAAUCUAUAUUUCCCUUUGUUGUUGACACCUGUUCCUUUGGCCCAUCUCUCUCUCCCUAAGCCAGCUUUUAGCUCAUAGUCAUAUUUGCUUAGUUUUCAACUCUUUUGGUGACAUAUUUCUUUUCCUUAAAAACAAAGAGACUUGUUCCUAUGGUGAACUUUUUAAAAACUGAAAUGAAAACCCUUUUGUCCUGCCAAAGAAGAAAAGAAAAAGAAGUCCAGGAUGAAUGUAAAUAAUGUGACCCUUAGCAGGCCCAGCCCAGAGAGGCGCUAAGGGCCCAGAUCCAAUCCCAGUUUUAAAAGAUGUUGAGUGAGAAUGAAGUUGGGAUGCCUGAGACUGCAGAGAGCUGCUUCCUGUCAGUGUGGACAAAACAGGUCAGACAGAACACUGGUCUGACUCUAUGUAAGGCAGUUCCACUUGUAGGAUCUUCCAUCCAUAGAAACAUGGAGUUGGAAGGACCUUUGGGGGUCAUUUGCUCCCCACCCCCCGCUCGAUGGAGGAUCUAUUUUGUAGGAUACUACAGCAGCAUCCUUGACAGAUGCCCAUUCAAUCUCUGGGGUAGCUUGGAACGCAGGUGGUCCCAGGUUCCUUGGAAAGCCUCUGCCAGUCAGUGUAGACAAUACUGGUUUGACUCAGCAGAAGGCAGGUCCCUAUGCUUCUGUGCUUGAACACAUCCAAAGAACACAUCCCGCCACCUCCUGAGCCCACUGUCAAAAAUCUCUUUAAGCUGCCUUAAAAACCAGUUAUGACCAUUGGCCAAUGUAGCUCAGUGUGGUCUACCCAGCGUUUCUAACAAGGGUCUAUCCCUACCAUGCCUAGAAAUGCCGAUGUCUGAGCCUGGAACCUUCUGCACGCCAAGCAUGUGUUCUACUGCUGAGUUUUGCAUACAAUGUUAACUGAAUUAAAGCAACCAGGACCUUAACAGUGGGUUUUAUCUGCCCUGCGGUCAGUUUGUGAUGCUAGAUAGGCCUUUUGUACUUACCUGUGUACAGCACCUAAAAAGGUAAAGGUAAAGGUACCCCUGCCCGUAUGGGCCAGUCUUGCCAGACUCUAGGGUUGUGCGCUC